AUGCCACCUAGAAAGAAAGGUGCCUUUGCAGCGUCUAAAGAAUUUGAAAAACUUGAUCCUGAAAUUGAGGAUGAGAUAUUAGAAGCUUAUUUCAAAUGUGUAGGUGGCGGUGGUGACGACGAAGAAGCAAAAGACCAAGAUCUACAUUUGGAUGAGUUACCUAGUCUAUUUGAUGCGCUAAAGAUUCCUCAAUGUUUCACCAAUGACAUAAAACAAGCAAUAGACUAUUACUAUAGAGCUAUCAGCCAAAAGAACAUCACAAUUGAUAGGACCAACCUGCGACAGAAUAUAACUAUGGACAUGAUUAAUUCGUUCACCAUUACUUCUACCUCGACAGAAGUAAUUACCAGCAAUGAUAUAUUAGACAUUGUUGACAUUGACAAAUUGAUAAAGUACACUAACCGGUUGGUCAAAUUUAGAAAUCAUUUCUCACACAUAAAGGCAAACUGGAAGUUGUUUCUUGACAGUUCUAACUCCUCCUCCUCCUCCUCCUCCUCCUCUUCCUCAAAUGUCGAGUCUUUUAGACUUUACCUACCGGAGCUAAAAGCAGUAAAGACAAGUUUAGGCUUGGAUAAUGACCUUCACCACGGCGGAGCUAUAUUGAGUGACUCAUUUAUGAUCGAUAUGUUGGGAUGCUGUCAGUACGAUUCUAAUGAAAGGUUGUUGAAUUACGAUUUCAACAAAGGUGGUGCUUGUGUUACAAUUAAAGACUUUGCCGAAAUAUUGGGUCGAAUAGGCGAACUAGACUGA